AUGUUGAUUAAUAUUCAUCGCCUAUUCCUUUCUACAGAUCGCUCCAUCGCCACGCUGGCCAUUACCACACUACUCAAAACCGGCUCCGAGAACACCGUGGACCGUCUCAUGAAGCAGAUCUCUGGGUUCAUGAGUGAAAUCAGUGACGAGUUCAAGGUGGUCGUGGUGGACGCUAUCCGGGCUCUUUGUCUCAAGUUCCCGUCCAAGCAGAUGUUGAUGAUGGGUUUCCUAUCCAGUGUGUUGCGUGACGAAGGUGGCUUUGAAUACAAGAAGGCUAUUGUGGAUACGCUCGUGGAUAUCAUUGGAGAGAUCCCUGAGGCACGUGAAUCGGGUCUGUCUUACCUGUGCGAGUUCAUCGAAGACUGCGAGUUCCAGAGUCUCUCGACGCACGUGCUGCAUAUCCUGGGUGAACAAGGCCCGAGCAUGCCCAAUCCCUCACGAUUUAUCCGGUACAUCUACAACCGUGUGAUCCUGGAGAACGCGAGUGUUAGGGCUGCUGCAGUGAGCGCUUUGGCCAAGUUCGGGGUGAGCUGUGAGGAGCUGACCGAGUCUAUUGUGAUCCUCCUGUCCCGUUGCCAAUACGACGAUGACGACGAAGUACGCGACAGAGCCACGUUCUAUCUCAAAAUGCUCACCAAGGAGAAGCAGAACGCCAAGAAGCUCAUUGUCGAUGAGUUACAAGUGUCGCUGGCCGGCCUGGAACGCCAGUUGGUGGAAUAUAUUGCCCAGGGUGCGUCUGCCGAAGGUGCCUUCGACCUCAAGCGCGUACCCAUUGUGUCCAAUGUACCUAGCGCAGCCUCUCGCGCCGGAUCUGUGGCUGGUGGCAAGCCUGGAGCAGAGACGCGAGCCAAGAAGACCGACAACAAGAAGUCGCAGCAGGAGAUCUACUCCGAGGAGCUGGCCAAGAUCCCGGAAUUCGCCUCGUUCGGUCCCGUUUUCAAGUCCUCCCAGGCGGUGUCGCUCACCGAAAGCGAGACCGAGUAUGUGGUGACGUGCGUCAAGCACUUGUUCAACGACCAUCUGGUGCUGCAGUAUAACUGUCGCAACACACUGAAUGACCAGCGUCUGGAGAAUGUGUCGGUGGUGGUGGAGGGCGAUGGCGAGUUUGAGCAGGUCUGUAGUAUCGACAUCCCCGUGCUGGCCUACGACGACUUGCAGAUUGCAUAUGUGGCCAUGAAUCUGCCUGAAGAUCCCACAGUAGUGGCUGGUACUUUCACGAAUACGCUCAAGUUCAACGUACUGGACUGUGAUCCACAGACGGGUGAGCCAGAUGAUGAACAGGGCUAUGAGGACGAGUACGAG